AAGCGGUCAGCUGCAGCCUGCAGCUAUCUGUUUAGCGAAAGAUGAGGGCCAUGUUGCGGCGCUGUGCCGUUGUCACCGCGACGUGCGCGGUGACCGCGACCGCUGCCUUGGACCGGGCCGGCAGUCGGAUGCUCUUAAACCUGGACCUGAAUGGAGAUGGACAGGUCAACCCUGAGGAAAUGGACCUCUUUGCCCGACAGCACGGUUUGGACCACUUUACGACCAAGGACUUCCAGGCUCUGGACGGCGAUGGAGACGGGGCCUUGAACGCCUUAGAGCUGGAGAAGGGCCUAAGGUCAACUGUGUCCUCCCGCGAAGUACGCGACGUUAGCGGGCCAAGCAUGGCAUUGACGCAGACUGAUGCAGACAGCAGCGCCAUGUCCGUGGCUGAGACUGUGGUGAAGGAACUUGAUAUGGAGCAUGCAGCCGAGGAAGAAACCCGUCGCUUCCAACGCCGUGCGGCGGAGCUUCGGGCCAACGCCACGGCCUUUACCAAGGUCUCCUCCCAACGCGCCUUGCGUGCGAGCGCGGCAGCAGGAGAAACCAAGGCCAAGGAACUCUUAGACGCCAUGGUGGCCAUUGAGGACAAGGCGGCCGAGGCCGAAGCGCAGGCGGCGGCCUUGCGCCGUCGGGCUCAGGCGGAGUUGCGCCAGGCGGAGGAAUACUCCAACAUCGCCAAGGAUGCCAUGGCGUGAAAGGAAAGCGGCGGGAGUUUCAGAAACGCUGCGAUUGAAAGGG